AUGGAAGUUCUGAGGCUUUUUAUUGUUUGCCUUUUGUGCUGUUCAGUAUCUGCUGAUGUGCAAAUUACUUCAAAUCAAAAUCUAUCGGAAUUAGCAAUAGCAUUUUCUGAAAUAUCUCAAGGACUUCAAGCAUCACAGACCAUUACAAUUUUAAAUUCUGAAAAUCGUAAAUCGAGCGCAUUCAACGAGCUUAUUAUGGAAAUUCAUCGUCUUCAGCUUCAAACGUGCAUAUUUAAUGACACUGAGAGGUUCUUUCGAUACGUUAAAGAGAAUCUGAAAGGCUCGGUUGAAGUUACAGCACUGAUUUUCCAUAAACCUGAUUAUCUCAUUCAGAAGAAAUUGUCGAAACUGCCUUCAAAAAUUGUAAAUCCUGUCUAUCGAUUGAAAUUCAAUCCUUUUCCACCAGAAUUAUAUCAGGUUCCUCAAUUGUCACUUCAAGGGAUGGAAUCGAGUUCUAGAAAAGGAAAAAAAAAUCUCUUCUUUUUCGUUCCUAAACAGAUCCAUGAAAGAAAUCUCGCUCAUCGACUGAGUCUUUACAUUUUCUAUUGGAAUGCAAAGCAUUUGCCUGCAUGUUAUAAGCAAUGGAACCUUCAAGAUCCGCUUCGUACUGCAUUUAUUACAAAUCCAAGGAAUUUUACUUAUCGCAUUUACUACAAUCAAGCAACAUCAUCAAAUGAUGGGAAAUUAAAGCUAGUCAAUUGGUUUGAUGGAAAUAACCUUGGCUUGAAUACAGAACCACUUUUGCCUGACAUUAAGCAAGUCUUUAAAAGCUUCAAUUCUCGUCAUUUUGUUGUUCCUAUAACUCAUAGUCCUCCGUGGAUCUUCAUAAAUUACAUUCAACAACGUGACAAUGACGAUGCCAUUUUAUCAUCAGUGCCUGCAACUAUAUCAAAUGACAAUAACAUUAUUGAUGAUGAAAUGAUGAUGAGCGAGGAAAAGUUUGUGAAUGAAACAAAAACAGACAAAAAGGACAAUGAGGACGGUAGGAACAUAAAAAAGAAACAAUUGGUUGUAAGUGGAAGGGAUGAUGUGCUGUUAAAGUUACUGGCAAACAAAAUGAAUUUCAAAUUCGAAUAUAUUGACGUGAAAAUGAUGGAAUCAAAUGAAAACGUGACGAUGGCUGGUGCAUUGGGAUUACAAAUGCUCCAAAGACGAGAAGCAGAUUUUGUGUUUGGCGAUAUCGUUGUCACUUACGAACGAAUGCAGGAAGUUGAAUUUUCAUUCUUUACACUUCCUGAUUCCGGGGCAUUUCUCACUCAUGCUCCACGUCGUUUAAGUGAAGCAUUUGCUCUUGUCUAUCCAUUUCAGAUGGAAGUAUGGCCUGCAUUGAUUUUUACAAUCAUCAUUACUGGACCCAUUCUAUAUUUUAUGAUAAUCAUACCAGAAUGGAUAAGGAACAAGAGAAGGAAAAGGAAAUUGUUGGAACAUCCUGCAAAAUCAUUUUAUAACAUGAUUUACAUUAAAGAGAUUACAAGGCAUCAAGCAAGAAACUUGAAAAAGCAUGUCACGACUACUACUGCUAUUGAGAACGAUAGACAAGUCAAUUCGGAAGGUCUACUUGCACGCUGUGUUUGGUUCACAUGUCAAAUCUUCUUAAGGCAAUCAACGAACUUUCCGCACAUCAAUAAUCACUCAGUUCGACUAUUUUCCAUAAUUUUAUGGUUAUCAGCUACGUAUGUAUUAAGUGAUUUAUAUUCAGCACAGCUCACAUCACAAUUAGCUCGUCCUUCAAAAGAAUUACCAAUCAAUAGUCUUUAUCGUCUUGAAUAUGUCAUGAAUAAAAGCAACAGUGAUGGAUACAAGCUACUUGUUGAAAGAGAUUCAGCAUCACAUCACAUCCUGAUGAAUGGAACUGGGAUAAUGCAACGACUUUAUCGUCGGAUGACUGCUCAUACUGAGAAAAAUUCACAUUUAUUGGACUCAGUGGAACAAGGAGUUCGAACUUUAUUGAUGGAUGAUAAAACUGUCGUCUUUGCUGGACGUCAAACGCUGUUCUUUAACAUGAAACGAUAUGGAAUGAGAAAUUUUCAACUUUCUGAGAAACUUUUUACGCGCUACUCAGCAAUUUCAUUGCAAAAAGGAUGUUUGUUCCAUGACAGCUUGAAUGAGAACUUAAUGAAACUUUUUGAAGGUGGAAUUUUGGAUAAAAUCACUAGCGAUGAAUACGAGAGGAUGUUUCAAUCAAUGCAGGUAUUACAGAUAAAAAAUGAUAAGAAUGUUGACAACAAUGAGGAAGUAGACGAUGAUAAAACUGAUACAGAAGAAGAAGAAGAAACGAACUCAAAUUCCAUCAAUGGAGAUGAAAAUCUGAAAAACAAAAUAACAAGCGAGAAGGAAUUGACAGCACUCAGUUUACGAAUGUUGCAGGGUGCAUUUUAUCUUGCUAUAAUUGGCUACAUUCUCGCGUUCCUUGUCUUUAUCGGUGAAAUUGGAAUUUUUCAAAUGAAUGGCACAUCCGCAUUGCCUUACACUUCAAUUACUAAUCGAUUACGCACAGCCUUGAUGAGAAUUUGUCGCUUACGAUUACAUCACUAA